CAAAUGUACAAAAGCUUGGUGGGUGCUCGCAUUCCCACGUCUACCACGUGGAAGAGGGGAGGUGUAACAGGGAGUUCGUUCUCCGCCAUCAGAACGGAUCCUCACGGAACAUAUGCGAGCGGUAAACCGCAUUUGUUUUCAUCCGACCGAGCCUGUGCUACUACUGAGUGCUUCGCAGGAUGGAUCGAUGAGACUGUGGGACCUGCGAGCAAAAAGCAUCGCUCGAAACAGCUUUGAAGGGAAGGCGGAGAGUGUGCGCGACGUCCAGUUCAGCCCAUCUAGUCCAUUCGAGUUUGUUGCUGCGUUUGAAAACGGGAAUGUCCAGAAAUGGGACAUCAGGUUUCCCACCCAGUAUGAACGCAAGUGGAAUGCGCAUAAUGGCUUUGCCCUAGCGGUCGAUUGGCAUCCCGAUGGGAGAUGGGCUGCGAGCGGAGGGAGGGAUCGGCUGAUCAAGGUGUGGGAUAUGAAAUCCGUCAGCCGCGUACCUUUGUACACGAUUCAAACCAUUGCGCCCGUCGCGCGAGUCAGUUGGAGGCCAGGGCAUGAGACGCAGCUUGCCAGUUGCGCGUUGUCAACCGACUACCGCAUUCAGACCUGGGACGUGGCCAGGCCUUACAUUCCUGUGCGGACGCUGGACGCACAUGACGGCGUAACAACCGGUUUCCUGUGGCGUGACGCCAAUACCGUGUGGUCAUGCUCUAAGGAUCGCUCUUUUGCUCGCCAUGACAUCCGAGAUGCUCACGAACCAUUGAGAUACCUCAACACGAGCGUCGCUGGAUUCAAUGUUGCAGGCGAGCUUGCCUUUGCUAUUGAUGAUCGACAAUCCGACAGUCCUGCAGAGGAGAACCGCUCGGCGCCAAUUGCACCAUCCUAUCCACUGCGACGAGCGCUGCGCCGAGCGGCUACCGACAAACCCAUCGAAGAUGAGAGGGUCGCGCAGUACAAACCUCGGCAAAAGGUGGGAACCGCCGAUACCGAAACCUUUCAUCACGAAGCCUUUGUUAUUUUGGCGGAGGAGCUCUGUAUUGGAAAUGAAGACCCGUGGGAGAGUUGCGAUUCCAACGCGCAGCUUGCACUUGAGCUAGGCCUACACCGCAGUGCACAGACUUGGAGAACCUUGCAGUUGCUCUAUGGAACGCCGGAGCCGCCAGCUCGCAAUCUCACCGCCCUCUUCUAUCAAAACUCUGAAGACCAAGCCAAGAGAAGCAGACAGAGCUCGUUGUCCAGGGAUCCUGUGUCAGCCCUGUUCGACCCGGUGGAUCCUCCAAGGCUGGAUGGCGCCCCUCAGCUGGGCCAAAGUGAUAAACUUGACAUACCCGAUUCCUCUGAGAUGGAGAACGUCACCAUUGGAAGUACGAAAUCUGAUUCAGCGCUCCUGAAGGAGAAAGCUACCACUGCCCCAAACGACAACUGGCUCAACAACUACACCUCACACACCGGAUUCCGCCACUCUCACGGACAUGACGCUACAGUUGGGGGCGAAUUGGUCCCCAGCGAACUAGCACACGGGGGCCAGCAGGAUGAUGAUGGCUACCUCUCCGAUGAUUCCGAAUUCGAUGGUUCGUCGUCGGACUCUGAGCAAGGGUUCACUUAUGGUCUGAAAAUCGGGGCAGGGCGUCGCACCCUGGCGAGGUUCGGGAUCGGCAUCAAAGCCAACAAAUCUCGCUUUGGAGGCAAAUCUCUGAGAUCCAGUACUGGUAGUCGGGAUCGACGGCCCAAAGACACUCUGGAUCUCCUCACUUCAAAUAAGAUCCUGGACGCGGGUUCUGUGGCGAGUGGCUUGAAAGCUGAUUCCGCCGCCCCGGCUUCCAGUCAAUUCGCGCCCUUCGCAGCUCUACAGACGAAGUUGAAAGGCGAUGAGAUGAAAUCUUUACGACCCAUUCGCGAUUUUCUUGUUCCCUCGUGGAAUCACGAGCCGAUUGGCAACGUCCAGAUGUGCGUGGCCAUCGUACUCAUCCUGAAGAACAAGCUACGCGUCGAUGAGGACCGUGUCAAAGUGUGGUUUUGGUCAUAUAUCGAUUUGCUCCACAGGUUCAAGCUCUGGGUCCCUGCGACCGCCAUCAUACGAGCGUGUCGCAUCCCAGUUGUUGAAGCACGCAACCAGGAAUCGACGACCAUCCACACCAUUUGCAAUCACUGCCACAAGCCCAUGACCAAUACGUCCGGCCCGAUCUGGGGAUGCGAGAAUUGCGGAAAGUUGGUCAACCCUUGUUCCCUUUGUCAUAGGACCACGAAAGGACUCUACGUCUGGUGUCAAGGCUGUGCCCACGGUGGACACUUGGCUUGCCUGCAAGAAUGGUUUUCGGCAAACCUCGAUUGUUGCACCGGCUGCGGACAUCAAUGCAUAUUUCGAUUUUUCGUUGAUCCGACAAACGCGCGUCCGGGAACGAACGGGGAUGUCGCGGGGAUACCGUCUUCGCUCUUUCUCAGCGGAAACAACUCCAUCGCGAUCGGUUCUUCCUGGCUUACGGAAACGUGAAUGCGAUUGUCAACGAUUUUCGACAUCGUGACUGUGGAACUUGCCGAUACCACCCAUAGGGAGGUCACCUUCACGUAAGGCGAUUGAUUGAGCGCGAUGGUGCGCGAC